UUGUUGAGGGUGCCUUGCGUCAUUUUGAAGCGCCGGAAGUAGAUCUCGCCGCUGUUACUCGAAGGACUAGGGCUCUCCGGCCUGGGGCGUGUGAGGGAGUGACGAUGGAUACCCAGAAAGAUGUGCAACCGCCAAAACAGCAGCCUAUGAUAUACAUCUGUGGAGAAUGUCAUACAGAAAAUGAAAUAAAAUCCAGGGAUCCAAUCAGAUGCAGAGAAUGCGGCUAUAGAAUAAUGUACAAGAAAAGAACAAAAAGAUUGGUGGUUUUUGAUGCACGGUGAAAUCCCAAGAAUUCAGAGUAAAACCUUCAUUUUCUUCUGUAUUUCCCACAACCAUUUCAAAUAGUAUAGCUUUUGGGUGAAUAUGUUUUUCUUUUACACAUAAAACUAUGUAAUACUCUUCCAUUCUGUAGCUUUAAAUUAUUUUUAGAAUAAAAUUUUUGAAUGU